AUGUAUCGCAAGAUGGCCGCUUCCAACAUGUUGGACGCGCAGAUCAGACAAGCCAUCCAGCACGACAAAGGUAGACGUGACGUGAUGCCAUACAAGGUAGGCGACAUUGUGCUUGUUAAGCGCAGCGCCUUCGACAGUUCCAAGCCUGUUGGCGACGCUGCAGACAUCGCCAAACUUCAGUCAGCAUACUGUGGCCCAUUCAAGGUUGCAAGUAUUUUGUCGAAUAUUGACCUCAAGAUUGAGUUGUCUAACAAGAAGAAGCAGCUCAGGACAGUCCAUGUGGAGUCAGUCAAGCCUCUCCAGGCAUCAUUCGCUGGCACGGACAUCACUACCGCGACAGCCAUCAUCGACUCACGCAACAGAGUCUACGGCCUUGGAUCACGCCUCGAGUACUUGGUGCGAUUCGAUUUAUCCUUGGGCGACGAUGCCAACCGUUGGAUCGAUGCCAAGGUGAUGCAGGCGCAGCUCCCUGCAUUGGUCGCCGCUUUCAAACGUAUCUCCUCAUCUAGUGGUCAAUAG